UGAAGCUUUCGUUUUUCGUCCUUCUCUAGUGUGCCCCGUUAUAUAUUACCGCGUCGUUGUGAGACCCGUGACCCUGACCCUAGCAGGGCGAAAACAUUCCCGCCAUAUCACGUGACUCUGGGAUGGCCAUGGUGUACUUCAACUUGGACCCGGCACAGAAAAAAGGACCCAAUCUGACAGGGCGGGAUUCUGGAACACAAGCUGGGACGUAAAGUCAGAGGUUCCGUAAGCCAUGCCUUGAGAAGGUUGAAGACCCACCAACCUUGUCGAUAAGAGCAGAGGUCCUUGAAAAGCCCGGAAAGCACGGCGUGGUUCUUGUUAUGGAAACAUCAAUGACCCAACCAACCUUGUCGAUAAGAGCAGAGGUCCUCCCGGACACUAUUUGACAUCAAUCUAAAGGAAGGCCAGGUGAGAGAAAUUCAGCAUUCAGUAUCAAUAUAACGGCAUGAUAGCCAAAUGGAUCGACGCGGCCUCAGGGCGUGUGUUCUACAACUUGGGUAAGGCAGUGACCAAAUGGCCGGCUCCUUUCAUUCUACUGCCUCUCGUCGCGUCAGGACUUCUCGGAUACUUUGGGCUGAUUGGACUCGUUGUAGACGAUCAGUUCGCCCCAGACACUGCAGAAACGUUCCCAACCUUGUUAGCGUUAAAAGAUGUCGGAUUUUUUGGUUCCGGCGACGCCAUGACCGAAGUCAUCAUCCAGUCUAAAGACGGCGGCGACACCCUUUUCAGAGAUGAUGUAGUUGAAGAGGUACUACGGCUCCACCGCGAGCUGACAACUGCAAAUACAACGUCAGGAGAAACGUUCUCUACUCUUUGUAUCCGUGACCCCUUUACUACUGAAUGUGUACUGAGUGGAGUUCUGCAGCUCAUGAUAACAGCCGGCUCAGGAUCCGCACUUCGUGCCAUGAACCUGACCUAUCCUUACUACAACCCAAACAGAGCAGAUGGUGACCUCGGCAUGUAUUUUGGAAGUGAGCUUGGAGGGGUAGAAAUUAGCAAAGACAGCAGUGCCAUUUUAUCCAGCAAGGCUCUCCAUCUAACCUACAACGUACAGGCAAAUUUGAGCCAAUGGAUUGACACAUUUCGUCAGACAUGCUCGGGAUUCGAGUCGGAAAGCAUCAAAGUAAACUACAUCGCUUUAACAUGGAUGGAAGACGAAGUGGGCACUUUACCAGCAAGAGUGGCCCCGUACAUAGUGGUGGUGGUCGGAACAUUGAUUCUGUUCUCUGUCGUGUCGUGUAUGACGCUGGACUGGGUCCUGACCAAGCCGUGGUUGGCUGUGAUGGGCGUGUUGUCGGUGGUUCUGGCUAUUGCCUCCUCUAUGGGAGCCUUGCUUCUGGGAGGACAAUCCUUCCCUGCACUAAACGCAUCGAUACCCUUCCUGCUUCUAGGAAUCGGGGUGGAUGACAUGUUUGUCUUGAUCGCCGCCUGGCGGAAGUGUGACGAAAGACUUCCGGUGCAGGAGCGCAUGGGCCGUGCGAUGUCCGACGCGGGGGUGUCCAUCAGCAUCACGUCCAUCACCGACUGCCUCGCGUUCACCGCCGGCAUCACCAGCGUCUUCCCGUCCGUACGGUCCUUCUGCAUCUACGCUGCCAUGGGGGUCGCCUUUGAUUUCCUCUAUCAGAUCACCUUCUUCGCUGCCUUCAUGUCCCUGACCGGGCGCCGAGAGCGGGCCAACCGUCACUGCCUCACCUGCCGGCCCGUCCUGCCCAAAUCGGAGGCACACGACAAGAGCGCUGCCUAUCGACUCUGUUGUGCAGCAGGCGUGUCCAGGCAGGAGGGCAUGUUUGACAACCCCUCAUCAGAGGAGUUCAACAAAGAUCCGCUGUUAAACAGGUUAUUGUACAAUAACCUUGUUCCAUUCAUUUUGAAACCCUCGUCAAAAGUGGUCAUAAUUCUUUUGUAUGCUGCUUAUCUGGGAGUAGCAAUCUGGGGGUGCCUUCAAGUCCGUAUAGGCAUUACGAACCAACGGUUGGUAGCGGAAGACUCAUACGUCCGUGGAUAUUAUGAUGCAGUGGAUACGCACUUUCAAACAUAUGGCCGUAAAGUAGAUAUCUUUAUAUCAGAACCCCAGGAGUAUUGGACAUUAGACGUGCAACAGGCUGUCUUAGAUAAACUACAAGCUUUCGACCAAAGCCAGUAUUUCCACGACACAUCAGAGACUGGAGGGGUCUGGUUGCUAGACUAUCUCCGUUUUCUGAAUCAGACUGGCAACUCUAUUGCUGCCAAAAACAAAACGUUAUUUUUGCAAAUCCUAAACGGUCAGUUUCUGCCAACGGUUGGACGGCAGUAUCUUAGAUCUGUGAAUAUUACAAACAUUACCACUGGUAUAACCGCGUCACGGUUCUUUGUUGUACCAAAGAACAUGAUAACUCCAAGCGAGCGAGGGAGAGCCAUGAUGACAGAAGCUCGUAGUAUCGCAGAUCGCGAGCCUUUAAGAAUGAAGGCAUACAGCUAUGACUUCUUUCAGUUAGACCAUCUCGACGCUAUCCCUCCAAGCUCGGUACAGACGGCGGGCAUUGCCGUAGCGAUCAUGUUUGUAGUGUGCUUCCUCUUGAUUCCGCACUGGGCCGCUCCUUUCCUCGCCACCUUGGCUCUGGCGUCCAUCAACGUGGGCCUUUUGGGGUACAUGACUUUAUGGGGGGUAAAUCUCGACAUCAUCUCUUUAGUGUCUAUUGUCAUCUGUGUCGGUUUCUCCGUGGAUUUCUUCGCACACAUGAACUACACUUACGUCACUUCCAAAGCCGCAACGCCUGAGGAAAAAAUCACAGAGACUAUGCGAGCCGUCGGCAUGCCUAUACUGCAAUCCUCUCUUUCCACCAUCCUGGGCAUAUCAGUUCUCGCUUUUUUUCCAGCCUAUCUUUUUCGGACGUUGUUCAAGACCGUUUUCCUGGUCAUGGUCUUUGGUGCGGCUCAUGGACUGGUCAUCUUACCUAUUCUGCUGACCAGCCUGCGGCCCUGUGCAUCUGCGGAUCAAAAAAAUUGUGAACGGGGGGGCGCACCACCUGACGUGGCUGAAGGCCACAUAAUGCUGAAGUCAGAUUUCCAAACCGAGAUUCCACCAGAGAGUCUCUCAAUUCCACCAGAGAGACUUAAAAUUUUAAACAGUCUUAGGGAAACAAUAUUAUGAUAUAAAAGACAACAAAGCACAAAAUAGUUGAAAAAUUUAA